UCGAGCGGUAGAGUCGGGAGUGAAGUUCCGGGGGAAGAGAAUCAGUGUGGGACCGUCUCUAAGGAGCAGGGAGAAGGUGGAGCUGACUGUAACUCCUCAUAAUGCUGCUGUGAGAUAAAACAACUCCAGGAUUCGUGACCAGCCUCCAUCAAGUCUGAUCCUGUAACCACUUCGAGGAAUACAUCAGCAAAGGACACAUAUACCAGAUUUCACUUGAGAUGUUGCAGCUAGUUUGAAGGGGCCUGAGGCAGCUGACAGUACAGAAGAAUGAGCCUUCUGCUUUUUAUGCUUCUACGAAAAACACUUGUCAGUUAAUUGAUUGUGACUGAACCUAGAAAUUCAUAACGGGCACAUGUCCAAAGCAAAUCUGUGGCUAACCCAGCACACUGCAGUUUUGACUCUUCUUUAUGUUAAUUCACAAGUUUCUUGGGCUUUCCCCGUACAAAUUUUCGUUUGAUCAGCAGUAAAGACGAAGUGAAAAUGAUGAAGUACUGGGGUGAGAUUCCCGUGUCCUCUGCUCAGCCCAGUCGGAGCUCAUUUGAUCUGUUGCAGCGGGAGUUCCGGACGGUGGAAAUUCAAGACCCUCCGUUGCACCAGCCGUCAGCUGAUCGUCCCCGGCCGACGACCAUGCUAGACGUGCCGUCUGAGCCCUGCGGCCUGACCGUCCACACCAUCCAGCUACUACAGUAUAACCGCCGGCUACGGAGUCUUGUUGCUGCAGCACAGGCACAGGGCCAGGCACAGCUGGAGGGCGUGAAGGCAGAGGAGGCUGAGGCCCUGCCGCCUGCACCCGACUCACCGCCCAUCCCAGAUGAGCUACUGCCGCUGGAUAGCAAAAGCCCAAAGCUGCCUUUCCAAUUGAGACACAGUGACCCAGAGAGCGACUUCUACAGAGGAAAAGGUGAACCUGUGACAGAGCUCAGUUGGACGUCUUGUCGGCAGCUGCUUUACCAGUCAGUUGCCACCAUUCUGGCUCAUGCGGGCUUCGAAUCUGCCUACGAGGGCGUUUUGGAAACACUGACGGAUAUUGCCAGUGACUACUACUUCAAAUUUACACGGCUUCUGCGUUUUGCCACGGAUCGAGAAGCACGGGUCGGCCAGACCCCAUUCCAGGAUGCGAUGGAGCAGGUCUUCCACGAGAUGGGAAUCGGCAGCGUGCUCUCCUUGCAAAGGUUCUGGCAACAUCGUAUUAAGGAUUAUCAUAGCUACACUCUCCAGGUGAGCAAGCAACUGGCUGAAGAGUAUGAGAAACUGGUUAGUCCUGAGAAGAUCUCCACUGAGGACACUAAACCAUUGAAAAUAAAGGAUGAGCCCAUUAGUGAUAUUGCUUUCCCAGUCAAUGAAGAGAAUGAGUCUGAUCUGUCUGCAGGCGAGCAGGCCCUACAACUUGGGGUCCUGGCACAGGCUCAUGAACGUUUUGCUGCUGCCCUGGAGGUUGAUGCAUCCCCACAGACAUCCGGGCCUGAGGUAAGCAGCUCUCCGUUGUGGAACCUGACUCAAGUUAAAAUGGAGCCUCAGGAGAAUGAAGAAGGCAGUGGGCCUCCUCAUGGUGUUUUGGGCAAUGAUGUUUUUGAAGAGCCAAUGUCUGCCAUGAGUGACUCUGGUAUCCCGCAAACCCCUAACACUGCUGGUUCUGAUGGCAGCUACAUGUCCCAUUCACCUGACAGCCUGAUCGCCUCUUCUCCUGUUUUCAAUCAGCGACCAAAGAAAAAGAUGAGAAAGAUGUGAAUAUACACUGGGCAUGAAAAUGUCUCUUUAUUUUUCUCUCUACUUUUACUUUUCAGGUGCUUACUUGAAAUAGUUCUUUUCCAUAAUAAUGACUGCUAAAUUGAAAUAUUUUUCCAACCAAAACAGGAAUUGAAUUCAGAAUCAUUGUUGAGUUUACUGUCAGUGGGACAAGAACAAAACAAUAAUAAAAACUGCUUCAAGCAGCCUGAAGUUCCUUCAGGUUAAUUAUAAUGGUGCUGAAGAGGAAAAUUCCAGAAAAUAAUCUGGACUUUUGAGGAUCUGUAUGGAUGCAAUGCUACAUUUCCACUAAUGAAAUGUAAGUUGUAAUUUGGUUUCAAGUGAAGAAGAGUUCUUAUUCAGAGAGAAUUUUUGUUUCUAUGCCAUUAAUACAAACUGUUCACUUACUGUAUUGCUUGUUAUGUAACCAACAUGACAGCCAUUAUAGAUAAUCAGAUGUAGCUAAUUUGCCUAAAUCGUAGAAACAUGGAAUCCCUACAUUGUGGAAACAGGCCAUUCAGUUCAUCAAGUUCACACUGACCCUCUGAAGAGCAUCCAACCUAGACCCACCCCUUCCCUAUCACUAUAACCUUGCAUUUUCCAUUGUUAAUCCACCUCGCCUACAUUUCCCUGGACUCAUUGGGCAAUUUAGCAUGGCCGAUUCACCUAACCUGCACAUCUUUGAAUGAAAUCAGCAUGCUUACUAAGUGAGAAGGAAUUCAUCGUUAUUUUAAUCCACCUGUUUGGACAUACGGUGACACACCUCUGGGAAAGGUGGGAUUUUAACUUGGAUCAUCUUGCUGAAAGGUAGAGACAAUACCACAAUGCCAUAUAGUGACAGUUAUAGAAUUAUAGAAUCCUGAUUGAAACUUAAUAUUAACAUAAAUCUAGAAUAAAAAUCUAGUCUCUGUAAUUGUGACUGGCAACUGUCAUGAAUUGUUAUAAAUGUCCAUCAGUUUCUUGUGUGUCUUUUGAGGAAGGAAAUCUGCCAUCCUUACCUGAUUUGGCAUUUGUGUAACUACAGUAAUGUAGGUGACUCUUAGCAUUUUUAGGAAUAGUUAAGUUAUCCACUACAUUUAUAAGGUCAUUAGGGAUGGCCAAAGAAUUCUGACCUUGCCAGUGACAGUCAUGUCCCAUCAAAGAAUCAAAACAAUCUUUCAACGACAGAAAUUAAGCCUCGACUCUUUCUCCAUUUCUGACAGGGUAACUGUGCUUAUAAAACCAAGGUGCUAACUUCCUCACUUGGAAAUAACACCAGCUUUGUACAAGUGAAACCCAAGUUUGGUGUUUAAUCCCCAAGAAUCUAACAAUUCUGGCAUAAAAUCUGCUAAAAGUAUCUUGUGUGUCUGAAACCUUGCAGAGUUACAUUCCCUUCAGAGAGUUAACGAGAGGAGGUGGUGUGAAAGAAGACAUUGAGUGAUGGAAGAAGAACUAGUUUAGUUGAAUUUCCAACCAGCCAGUGCUGACAUUGUAGCAGUCUGCACACAACUUGCGCUGCCUCCAUAAUAGACAGCUUUUUCCUUCUUGCUGGCUUUUCACCUCCCCUGUGCAACCAUUGAGUUAAGAAACAGUGUAAUUGUAUGAAUCCAAGCUGUUAGCACUCCACUCAGAUUGAAUGUUCAUGCCUCAUAUAUUUCUGACUAUGAACUUCAGACUCCCUCCUAAAUGCACAACAUGGAUAACCCCCCCCCCUUAAGGUAGAAGUGGAGCAUUGAGACUUUGUAGGUAUUUCUUUUCUUGUCUGGGUCUUCCUCUGAACAUUUGGACAUCAAAGCCACAUGUUCACAAUUUAAACAAACUAUUCAUAGGCACUUUUUUUAUUAAUAUCAAAUUGUCUUAGGUGAACAAGCUCCUAAAUUAAGACAUUUCGUGAGAAAAAACAUAACCAUUUUGAUUUGUUAUCUGAAAAUGUGUUUUUCGGCAUGACCAAUGUGCAGAGCAGGUAUUUUCUAACCACGGUUAUUAUUCAAUUAUUACUUGCACUAGCAACUUUCUAUUUUACUGUGACACAAAAUAUUAAACAUACUAGCAAUUAAAGAAUAGCUUAGAACUUGUUUGUGGUGUUUCCAGAACAAUUGGCUUCUAUGGUAAGCUCACGCAGUUCAGAGAACCAAAUAAAAAUCUGUUUUAUGAAAUUAAAUGUUGUAGCCUUUGACAAUCUGGAAAGCUGUCUGGGCUUGGACCAUGGGAAUUUAGAAGUGUCCUGGGAAUACACAGUGCGUUCAUAGAACUGUCUUCAAAAGUUAUAGGAAAGGGUCUGCUCCCUGAAAUGUCUACUUACUGUCAACUUUGCUGAACAUUUCAGACAUUCUUUGUUUGUUCUCUUCAAAGAACUGUUUGUUUCUAUUAUUUGAAACUAAGCCAACCACUGGUGUCUACUGAUAAUUUAUAAAGUGCAGUGCUCAUGUGUGGGAAGGUUAAGAUAAUAAAAGUCUUCUUUCAA